AUGGCUCCGAGCUUAAGCAAAAAUGCGACCAUAGACGCAUUGGAUCUGGUCGAGGGCAAUUUACGCUUGUCCGUAACCUUAAAAGGAUCAAACUUUCUUGCUAAUGGCCACCCGUUUCUCACCCAAGUCCCAGCUAACAUAAGAGCCACUCUCGAUGCUAAGAACCCCGCGGGUUGCUUCGUGGGAUUCGACGCUGACGAGCCCAAAAGUAGACACAUGGCAUCCAUAGGGAAACUCAUAGGCAUAAGGUUCAUGAGCCUAUUCAGGUUCAAGGUGUGGUGGACCACUCACUGGGUGGGAAGCAACGGACACGAGGUGGAGCACGAAACCCAAUUGAUGCUACUCGACAAAAACGACUCCUUGGGACGCCCCUACGUUUUGCUACUGCCAAUACUCGAAGGCUCCUUCCGAGCCUGUCUCCAACCCGGUUCGGAUGACUACGUGGACGUGUGUGUGGAGAGCGGUUCGACACGUGUCAGUGGGUCCAGCUUCAGGAGCUGUUUGUACAUACACGUUGGCGAUGACCCUUACCGGUUGGUUAAAGAGGCUAUGAAAGUGGUUAGAAUCCACUUAGGGACUUUCAAGCUUCUGGAGGAGAAAAACCCACCCAAUAUUGUAGACAAGUUUGGUUGGUGCACGUGGGAUGCAUUUUACUUGAAGGUGAAUCCCAAAGGGGUGUGGGAAGGGGUGAAGGGUCUGGUGGAGGGUGGGUGCCCCCCAGGGUUGGUCCUCAUCGAUGAUGGGUGGCAAUCCAUCUGUCACGACGAGGACCCAAUCACGGACCAAGAGGGUAUGAACCGAACCUCUGCGGGGGAGCAAAUGCCGUGUAGGCUCAUCAAGUUUGAGGAAAAUUACAAAUUUAGGGAGUAUUGUGGUGGAAAGGACUCUAAGAAGGGUAUGGGUGCGUUUGUCAGGGAUUUGAAGGAGCAGUUUAGGAGCGUGGAGAAUGUGUAUGUUUGGCACGCGCUUUGUGGUUAUUGAGGUGGGAUCAGGCCUAAAGUGCAGGGCAUGCCCGAGGCUAAGGUUGUUGCUCCGAAGCUGUCGCAGGGGCUGAAGAUGACAAUGGAGGAUUUGGCUGUGGAUAAAAUCGUGAACAACGGUGUGGGUUUGGUGCCACCUCACCUUGCUCAUCUAUUGUACCAGGGGCUUCACUCGCAUUUGGAAUCCGCGGGAAUUGAUGGUGUCAAGGUUGACGUUAUACAUUUGCUUGAAAUGCUAUCAGAGGAAUAUGAUGGCCGUGUUGAGCUGGCCAAAGCUUAUUACAAAGCACUCACCGCUUCGGUGAAGAAGCAUUUCAAAGGCAACGGCGUAAUUGCCAGCAUGGAGCAUUGCAAUGACUUCUUUCUCCUUGGCACAGAAGCCAUAUCCCUUGGGCGCGUAGGAGAUGAUUUUUGGUGCACUGAUCCUUCUGGAGACCCGAACGGUACAUAUUGGCUCCAAGGAUGUCACAUGGUGCACUGUGCCUACAACAGUUUGUGGAUGGGGAAUUUUAUUCAACCAGAUUGGGACAUGUUCCAGUCCACUCAUCCUUGUGCCGAAUUCCACGCCGCUUCUAGGGCCAUUUCUGGGGGACCCGUUUACGUUAGCGAUUGCGUGGGAAAGCACAACUUCAACUUGCUCAAGAGCCUCGUUUUGCCUGAUGGCUCCAUUUUGCGUUGUCAACAAUAUGCACUUCCUACUCGAGACUGCUUAUUUGAAGACCCAUUACAUGACGGCAAAACAAUGCUCAAAAUUUGGAACCUCAAUAAAUAUACAGGUGUUUUGGGUCUAUUUAAUUGCCAAGGAGGUGGGUGGUGCCGUGUGACUAGGCGAAACAAGUGUGCCUCUGAAUUUUCACACACCGUGACAUGCUUUGCGAGUCCUAAAGAUAUUGAAUGGAAGAACGGGAAACGGCCAAUGUGCAUCAAAGGGGUGGAUGUAUUUGCUGUGUAUUUGUUCAAAGCUAACGAGCUGAAGCUCAUGAAGUCAUCAGACGAAUUAGAAAUUUCACUCGAGCCAUUUAGUUUUGAGUUAUUUACAGUGUCUCCAGUGAUAAUGUUAUCAAAAAGGUUAAUUCAAUUUGCUCCAAUUGGAUUAGUGAACAUGCUUAAUUCUGGUGGUGCCAUUCAGUCCUUGCAAUUUGACGACCACACAAAUCUAGUCAAAAUUAGGGUAAGGGGUUGUGGGCAGAUGAGGGUGUUCGCUUCAGAGAAGCCAGUAAGUUGCAAAAUAGAUGGGGUAGUCGUGAAAUUUGAUUAUGAGGACAAGAUGGUGAGAGUCCAAGUUCCCUGGCCUAGUUCUUCAAAAUUGUCAAUGGUUGAAUUUCUGUUUUGA